CCGGGCGAGGCUUAUUGGCCAGUAGGCCCCGGACCUUGACCAAUCGCCCGGGGCCGGUCGUCAUGGUGACGGGGCACGCUAACGCUCGGGGCAGAGGGAGGCGCGCUGGCUGAACUGCUGGGCGCGAUGGCGCAGAACAGGUACGGUCCCGGAGUCCGGAUGGGCAACUGGAACGAGGACGCCUACCUGGAGGAGGAGCUCAUGAAAGACUUCUUAGAGAAGAGAGACAAGGGGAAACUCCUCAUACAGAGAAGUAGAAGACUGAAAAAGAAUCUUUUAAGACCGAUGCAACUUUCCAUAACUGAAGAUGGUUAUAUUCAUUAUGGUGACAAAGUGAUGCUUGUGAAUCCCGAUGAUCCUGCUGUGGAAGCUGAUAUGUUUCUGGGUGGGGACCUGAGCCUGUGUAUGACUCCAGAUGAAAUUCAGUGCCAUCUGAGAGAUGAAUUAGAGGUGCCCUGUGGCCUGAGCGCCGUUCAAGCCAAGACCCCAAUUGGUAGAAACACUUUUAUCAUUUUGAGUGUACACAGAGACGCCACUGGUCAAGUCCUCAGAUAUGGGCAGGACUUUAGCCUGGGGAUAACAGGAGGAUUUGAAAACAAAAUGUUGUAUUUAUCAAGUGACCACAGGACCCUCCUGAGAUCGUCUAAGAGGUCUUGGCUCCAGGAAGUGUACCUAACAGAUGAGGUCUCCCACAUGAAUUGCUGGCAGGCUGCCUUCCCUGACCCCCAGCUACGCCUGGAAUAUGAAGGCUUCCCCGUCCCGGCCAAUGCUAAAAUUCUCAUCCACCACUGUCACACAAAUCGGGGACUCGCAGCCCACCGGCAUCUUUUCUUAAGCACCUAUUUUGGAAAGGAGGCUGAGGUUGUAGCUCACACGUACCUGGAUUCACACAGAGUUGAAAAACCAAGUAACCACUGGAUGUUGGUUACUGGGAAUCCCAGGGAUGCCUCGUCCACCAUGUCGGAUCUGCCCAAACUGCCGGCAGAGGACACUCGAGCCGUGGAGCAGGCCAUGGGCCUUGACACGCAGUAACGCGCCAGAGACGGGGUUUCAUCAUGUUGGCCAGGCUGCUCUCGAACUCCUGACCUCCAGAGAUCCAUCGGCCUCUGCCUCCCAAAGUGCUGGGAUUACAGGCAUGAACCACUGUGCCCGGACUCUUCUGCUUGUUUCUAACUUUAUCUAAAUAAAGUUAGAUUGGAACACAACUGAGCUCAUCA